AUGGAUAGCCCAAAAAGUCCUCGCAGUCCAAAAGUUCUCUCCCACCAUAAUUCGAUGAAGAGCUUGCGAUCUGUGCGGAGCCAGAAAAGCAUGCGCUCGUUGAAGAGUCAGAAAAGCACUCAAAGUAUUCGCAUAUUCAAUCAUCAUCAUGAUACUUAUCAGACUUGUUUUGGAUUCAUGCAUGUCAAGAUAGCAACUUGUUCCAUCGGAUUUUUCGCCCUUCUUGCUGUGUGUCUAACUCUAGUUUAUUGUGUAUUUACUUCACAAGAGCAACGCCGUCCUAAUAUGAAGCUUUAUGCAAUACCUAUGAUCGUCGUCAUUAUUGCAUUACUGUAUAUGUUUGUUGGUAUCUUACAACAAAAAGCUCACUUAUUGUUUGCGUUCAUUGCUUUACAGAUAUCCAUUACCUUUGGAAUUGCUGUCCUCAUUGUUAUCAUUCUGAUAUCUGUCGCGUGUAACACAACACUGAUUCUUAAAUUUUUUGUGGAUGUCUCUUUGUCUCAAUCUGAAUACACUAAAACUGCAUUAACGGCACUGGUAGGCUUAUCAUUCCAACUCGGAAUUCACAUCUGGGCUCUGCGAGCUGUCUGUGGAUGUUACCGAUAUUUCACCGAUAUUCACAAGUUCGAGGUCAGACAGGCACAAUAUGUCUAA